GGACGCCCUCCUCCCUCCCUCCCCGCCGCCAGGCUGCCAAUCAUCAGCGCCACCUCGCAUCUCCCGGACUGACAGCGAUGUGUCGGCACGCCGCUCGUGGAUAAAUGAUCACUAAUCACCCUCAGAAGAUGAAGGACCAGUCUGGUGUGAGCGGUAUGUCGGUGGAUGAGAAGCCUGAAGCCCCCAUGUACGUGUAUGAGUCGACGGUUCAUUGUACCAAUAUCCUCCUCUGCCUCAACGACCAGCGGAAGCAGGAUAUCCUGUGCGAUGUGACCGUCCUGGUGGAGGGCAAGGAGUUCCGAGGGCACCGGGCCGUGCUGGCCGCCUGCAGCGAGUAUUUCCUCCAGGCGCUGGUGGGCCAGGCGGAAAAUGGUUUGGUCGUUAGCCUUCCUGAAGAGGUCACUGCCAGGGGAUUCGCCCCAUUGUUGCAGUUUGCCUACACCGCUAAGCUGUUACUCAGCAGAGACAACAUUCAGGAGGUCAUCCGCUGUGCAGAGUUCCUGCGCAUGCACAACCUGGAGGACUCCUGCUUCCGCUUCCUGGAAGCUCAGCUGCGAAGGGAGGAGGACAGCCUGCUGCUGUGUCACAAGGGGGCGGCGGAGGCCAACAACUCCGAAGACGAGAGCAUGCAGUCGGAGGCAGAAAGGCCCGCCUCCGCCCUCGCCUCCUUCCGACACCCCGACGAUGACCGGCUGGCGGGGACCAUGCCCGCCAACUUCACGGACUUUGAGCGGCACAGCGCGUCAGACCUGCCUCGAUGCCCCAAGUACAGGAAAUACCAGUGGGCUUGCAACAAGCACAAUAACGACACCUCGUCACACACCAGUACCUCAGGUUUUCCAAGCACAUUAAAGGAGAGCGGCGUUGGCGGGGUGGCGCCGGCUCAGGGCAGGCUGCCAGUAGCACAGAUAAAGGUGGAACCGCAGGCAGAGGAAGAGGCUGUUUCAUUGUGCCUGUCAGGAGACGAGCAGGAUGUCACGGAGGUGGACAGUGUGACUGCCAUGGAGAUGGACACCCCCAUAUCUCUGGAAAGAACCCAGAGAACCAAAUCCCCAUCCUGCCUCAGAGCCUUCUUUAAGAAAGGGGUGGACCUCCCCGGUCUGUCCAACACGUCGCAGCAGCUAUUCGCCAACAGACUCGUCUGCCCGCAGGACAAAGGAAACUCUCAGGGAGAUCUUAAAAAAGACUUCAAGGCUUUCUCUGGGGAGCUGGCAGUGUCUGUAACUUCCCCGAAAGAGGUGGACGGUUUCCCUGCAGGGUUGGCCCUAAAGUCGGCAUCUUGCAAUUUGGUUUGCAAACAGGAAGUGGAACUGGACCGCCGCAGUGUCAUAUUUUCCUCAGGGGCCUGCAACCGUCUGGGAACACCAGCGCAUUCCUACCCCGGUGGGAACUCCUUGGAGAUGGAGCUCUCUGAGCACAUGUCGAAGGGCCUGUGGGCUGGAGCCAGCCAGUCCCUCCCCAACUCCCAGACCUACUCCCCCAGCGCCGCUUCCUCUGAACCCCCAGUCCUAUGCCGUCCGAGGCCCAACACCAGCUGCCCAGUGCCAAUCAAAGUGUGCCCACGCUCGCCGCCCUGCGAGACUCGCACCAGGACCUCCAGCUCCUGCUCCUCGUACUCCUACGCGGAGGACGGCAGCGGGGGCUCCCCCUGCAGCCUGCCCCAGUUCGAGUUCUCCUCCUCGCCUUGCUCCAACGUGGCACGCUGCCUCAACGUGGACCAGCAGGAGCAAAGUGUGGGCGGGGACUCUCUUUUUAACCAGGUGCGACCCAAGAUCAAAUGUGAGCAGUCAUACGGCACCAACUCCAGCGACGAAUCAGGCUCCUUUUCAGAGGGAGACAGCGAGUCCUGCCACGCCCAGGACCAAGGGCCAGAGGUGAAACUUCCCUUCCCUGUAGAUCAAAUCACGAAUCUUCCAAGGAACGACUUCCAAAUGUUGGUGAAAAUGCACAAACUGUCUUCGGAGCAGCUAGAGUUCAUCCACGACGUGAGGCGGAGGAGUAAGAACCGCAUCGCCGCGCAGCGCUGCCGCAAGAGGAAGCUGGACUGCAUCCUGAACCUGGAGUGUGAGAUCCGAAAGCUGGUGUGCGAGAAGGAGAAGCUGCUGACAGAGAGGAACCAGCUGAAGGCCUGCAUGGGCGAGCUGUGGGAGAACUUCACCUGCCUGUCGCAGGAGGUGUGCCGCGAUGUCCAGCUGAGCCAGGAGCAGAUCCAGUCGCUCCACCACUACUGCCCCGUCCUGCGGCCCGCCAACUCCAACGCCAGCAACAACCCCCACGAAGCCACCCCUCCCCUCUGCACCGCCACCGGCACCACGGCUGCCACCACCAGCAUCGACCUCACCACACACUCCGGCUCGGCCACGCCGGAACCCAGCUUCCACGGGUCGCCGGGCCCCUCGGAGAGCGAGCCCGACUCUGCUGUCAGGAACAGGGCGGACAAAACCACGGACGUACAGUCCGGGCCGCUGCAGGAGAACUCCAACCAAACGGUAACGGUGGAUUUUUGCCAGGAGAUGACUGAAAAAUGUACAACUGACGAGCAGCCGAGGAAGGACUGCGCUCAGUAGUGGUGGCUCUUUUGUUUCACUGUUUUGGAUGUUUUUGUAUUAUUUAAUUUUACUUUUCUGACAAACCCUUUCUCUGGGUUGUGAGACGGUCAGCCUCUGCCAGUGUUCACUGAAAAACAAGCUUUGUUUGUAUUUAUGUUUUUUUGUGCGUCUGUUUUUUUCCUUUCGUAUGUAUGAACUGUUGACACUAAAGUUGUCUUAACAGCAGCAAUACUGUUCUGCAGGCAUUCUCCUGUCACCACCACAGAGUGGAACCUCUCACCAAACCCUUACGAUGGUGCUAUACUCACCCAGGCAGCGACCUCUACAGCGGAAACGCUUUUCUCCACGUGUCACACGUCACGAAUCCGAACGGGGCUCUUUGCGUCUCUCCGACGGCUAAUCUGCUCUUUCUUCCAUCUGCCUUCACACAUGCACUCCAACAACCUCAAGGUCUAAAAAACAGGAAAUGUGGUCAUCAAGAUCCACAUUUAGUCCAGGAAGACGAUAAACAAACCCAGCCACACUUUAAGUUUCCUGGAUUGCUAUGCUAACAAACUUUUUAACAUUAACUUUAAUGAAUUACGUUAGCUUACAGCUUGCUAAAGUUUGCUAAAUCUGCAGCUAACCCAGCCAUCAAGGCCAAGUGGCCAUAUGGUUUAAAAAUGGGCAGAAAAUGUGCAUCCACAUGGGUUUGUCCACAUUGGCUUAAGUGGGCACUCAGUGGGUAGGCACGUUACGCUAGCCAGCCACCCGGUGGAUAACGGGGCUCCCUAGCUUGCUACAGAGUUCACUAGCAUGCUACAGCGGAGCUCGCUAGCUCGAUACAAAGGAGGUCGCUAGCUCACGACAGAGAGACUUGCUAGCUCAAUACAGUGGAGCUUGCUACAGUGGAGCACGCUAGCAUGCUACUGCGGAGAUUGCUAGCUCGAUACAACGGAGCUCGUUAUCUCACUAAAGAGGAGCAUGCUAGCUCGUCACAGCAAAGCUCGCUACAGCUCGCUAGCACGCUACGCUGCCCACUGGGCGACUAGAUAGCAAACCCAUUUGGGGCCCACAUUUUCUGGCACUUUUGAACCAUAUGGGCCCUCUUGGCCACUUGUUUAAUAAAUUAAAAUUCUUUGCAUUCAUAAAGUACAUUUUUUAAAACAAUCUCUCCCUUUGUGAUGCAAAAACCAAAUAUUUCAAGAAUAAAGUUAAAUCUCUGGUCCUGAAGCUCUUAUCAACACUAAGGUUGUGUCCAAAUUCCUUCACUAAUCACUACCGACUGCACUGUAUAGUUAGUUUUUAGAGCCGUCGGAAUCUCUGCUGCCCUACAAAUUACCCAGAAAUCUGUAUGAAAAAUCAGUGUUCAUUGAUGCUAACAAGAUUGGCAAAUUUAGACCACAAUGCAUUGCGUUUGAACAAUUUUUGUGAAAAAAAAUGUUUUUUAGCAGCAAUGUUUUCAUCAUCAAAACACAGUGAAUAGUCUUCUUAAAAUGCUGAUAGUUGUCAGUUUUUUACUUUGUUAGUAUCGUCAAUAAAAGAAAAAGUGUCCAAAUGACUUUUAACAUUCAGGACACUAGAUGGUCUUUUUAUAGUAGUUAGGGAAUAGGGAGGAAAUUCGGACAUUGUUUUUAAAAUUCAACUAUAGACAUUUUUUUGUUUACAUUUGUUGAAUCACAAGUUCAAGUAUCUGUUUGAAUUUGAACAGAGUGUCAAUAAUUAAAUCAAAGGUCAUAAUAAAAAUAAAAAAAUAGGGUUUUAUCUUUAUAUUCUUGUGCAGUGUGUUUUUUUUAUUUUUCAAAGUCCACGAGGUUUUUAUCCAAAACUAUAGUUUUCUUUCAAAAUGCCAAUUAUUAGAUAAUUGGUCAAUUAAUGUUGGACAACAUUCUACAUCCAAAUAAUAGGGAAAACAGUUAUUUUUAGAAUUUCAAAGGUGUGAGAAUUCUAGCACCUUUGUGAUAUUUAAUACAUAUAUAAUAUUAAGGUUGAGAGUAUUAUUUUUUUCCCAGCCUGUUAGAGAACAGAUGACCUUCCAGGGUUGGAGUGCAUGUCUGAGCAGAAAACCUCCAGUUCACUUCAGGUUCGUCAAACCGUCUUCGAUGUUCACGUGUGAAAAAGCGUAUCGGUCUCUUCUACCUCUUCUGUCCCGUUCUCUCCACAUCUCCGUCUCCGUUUCUUCGAGGAUUUUUAUCUCAGUGGCCCUUUUUUUUCGUCACAGCGAUUCAAACUCAGGAAAAAAAACUUCUGAAUGUUCAAUGUAAUUCAUUAAAGAGAAAGAAAAAAAAAAGAAGACAGCCUGUGUGUGCGAUCAAGUCGCGACGCGAUGAGACUGUAAAAUGUUCAUAUGCAAAAAUGUCUUGAAGUGAGAAGUUUGUACAGGCUGUAACCGAAAACAUUCCUCCAAUGCCUUCCACAGCCCCGCGCUGAACGGAGAAACAGAAGCUUCUGCAGGCGUUUCGAUGGCUCUUUUGAUUUCCCACUCAUCAGCAAUACCAUUGUAUCUGGAUGUUGUAAAGGUGAUUUUCAAGUGCUUGUAAGGCAGAUGUGUAUAUAUGGAGCAUGAUGACUGUAACAGUGAUUUUGUACAGGUAGAGGCUUCCGUGUUUCUUUCACUGGGGUUAUGUCAAGCACCUUUCUGCUAAAGGAAGAUCUUUGCUUUGCUGGUUCCUGUCCUGCCUAUCGAACACCUGCUGCUGCAGCAGCUCCUGUUCUUUUACUCAGGAAAUCAGCUCCACACAUGCACACACACACCACACACACGUACACACACACCACACACAUGUACACAGCUCUGAGCCCCUUGCAUGUUCUCUGAAGGUUCAGGUCAACUCCUUUUUAAACUUUCUUUUCUCAGUUAUUUUAGCACUUAAAUGCUAAUCGAGAUGUUUCAGCCAAUCAAAAAGCAUCUUUUUUUCUCAAACAGGUGCUGUUUGUAGAAAACUAAAAACUAAAAAAGAGGAAAGACAAAUGUAGGCACUUUGUUUUUCAGCCCCAAUCGCUCAGAGUCUUUUAGCACUUCAAUUUGCUUUUUCUUCAAACCCCUAAAAGUCUGAGACGGGAGCACUUAAACUGGAAACAUGAAUGAAAAAAUAUGUCUAUGAAAAACUGAAAGGCGAACCACGAAAAAAAAGAGCAAACGUUUUAGUUUACGAGUGUCCACGCCUUCUAUUUGUAUUUCUUUAGAAAUCAAAUAAGCUCAUUUCUAAUGAAUUUGAUGUGUAAGCAGUGUUGGUGUCCAAAUGACUGAGUAACAAUCUUAUAAGAUAGUAACUUGUUUUCCCUAAUUGUGUUGGAACCUUAGUGCUGUGCAUGCAUGCCGCCUUUAGCUAUAGUUAGUUUGUCUAGCUUCUGUUUUUGUGAGUUCUCUCUGGAGCCUUGAAAAGACUUUUUUUAUUUUUUUGAAAAUUUGUACGUAUAAAGAAAUCUAAUUAAUUCAAUCCUUGUUGUAGCCGGGCUUUAAAGUUUACACAAAGCCUUUGAAGCAGGAGCGUCUCAAUCGCAGAGGUGCUUCAUGUUUGAAGUUCCUCUUUUCCUCUGAAUUUUACUGAACCUCUGAACUCUGCAGAAAAACACAAAUCAAAUGUAAAACAAACAUACAAAUGUGUUGAGAAGAGCUCUACUGGAAAAUCUGUUUAGAAUCAUCAACUAAAUUCAACUUGCUAACAAAAACAGUUAAUUGGCAAAGAUUUAACGUCCCAGCCAGCAAGGUCAAGUGAGUUUAAAAGUGGUUUAAAGUGGCAGAAAAUGUGGGUUUUUCCACACUGACUUAAGCGGGGAUUCAGUGGGUUAGCUUGCUAGUAAUCUCCUCUUUAGCCAGCUAGCGAGCAGCACUGUAGCAUGUUAGCAAGCUCCUCUACAGCGAGCUAACGAGCUCCGCUGUAUCGACCUAGCGAGCUCUGCACUGUAAAAAAUGAAACAUUGGAUCAAUUAACAAAAGCUUAGCAAUUUGUUACAUUUAAAAUUAUUAGUUUUGACCAAGUUACAAUUUUGGUUUGAUUGCUUACUAAACCUAAAACUUUAAUUUGAUAAAAAUUCAUAUUUUUAAACGUAACAAAUUAAUUGAUCCAAACUUUCGCUUCUUUUCAGUACACUUCAAAAAGCCUAAAAAUAGAAAAAGAACGCUAAUCUUAAGUAAUUUUAGUAAUUUUCAAGGAGAAAUCUUUAGAUUUUAAAAUCUGUAAAAAAGGAGAUCCAUACAAGAUUUCAAAAAGAGACAAAGAA